AUGGCUGGGCAUUGGAUUUGGCUUGCCGCGGUCACCCUUCUUUCUGCCUGCCAGCAAUGUCACUUCGCUUGGCUUGUGGGAAGGUCAAGACUAAAGCACAAGAUCAUGCCUCCAGCUGUCUCUGGGCCACCAGAAUUUGAGAGGACGUUCCGUGCUCAGCAGAACUGUGUGGAGUCUUACCCUAUCUUCCUAGUGACCUUGUGGAUUGCUGGAUGCUUUUUCAAUCAAGAAAUAUCUGCAAUUUUCGGUCUGAUAUUUAUGUUUGCACGUCACAAAUACUUCCAUGGCUAUGCAGAAUCCGCGAAAGGAAGAUUAGCAGGUUUUUAUUUGAAUGCAGUGGUUUUGAUGUUCCUGAUUGCCUUGAGCACAACAGGGAUUGUGAAUAGCUUUCUGGAUGAAUAUUUGGACUUCAACAUAGGAAAGAAACUACGUAAACUGAUCUAAAGAUUCUUCUUAUGCAUAAAUCAGGCAGACGCUUCUUCUGGAUAUCAAAAAAGAAGAUAAAUCGUAUGGAUUAAAUUGCAAACAGUCUGAUUUCUUCACUAGCAUUCCUUUGCAAUGCAAAAUGUAUGACUUUCCUGAAAUUUUGUUUACUUUCAUGCAUGCUGAAACAUUCUGUCGGAUUG